UUGAAGUCAGAGUCGAACACUCGAAUUAACAAACUCGGCUCCCAUACGUCGAUAGACUACUCCGACGACCAUUUCACUCAUACUACUAGUAUUCCACAACCAAAGAUUUAAAAUGGCCCCUCGUAUCCCAGCCGCCAAGUCCACUGAGACCCUUUGCUACGGGGUUGCCACGGUCGGCGCCUUCCUUCCCAUCUACCUCAUGCUUCCCGGUGCCGAGCAGCGCCUCGCCUCUCAGACAACAAAAUGGGCCCCUCGCUGGGAGCGAAAUCUCUCCUACUUCACACCGGCCGCCGAGAGGGGCAUCAAACGUGUCGAGCCUCCCGUAUCUAACAUGGUUCGUCGUAUCGACAACCGGCUGCCCCUUGAGCGCAUUGCCAAGGGCCUCGACAAACGUAUCAAGAACGGCAUCGAGCGGUUCAACGUCCCCAAGUAAGCCCUUGGUCGAGGUAUGGAAUGGGACUGUCGACAUGCACGCGGGAGGUGGGUGGCUGAGGCAUGAUACCACAUCUGGCUCUAGAGAUACAGUGGGGGAUGCAUUUGAUAUCUCGUAGAAGAAACAGCAGCAGGCAUGCAAACAAUCAAAUAAACAAAGCAGUUAAACUUGCAUCAUGUCCUCACCUUUCCCUGGCACUGUCUUCCCCCGCUCGUGUGUCUUUGCAGCUCGAUAGGCUGACAGCACGAGCUACGAGCCCAACAGCGUAUGCCGUCGUAGGGGAAAAGGCCGCUUCAGCGACUCCUCGCCGGCAUG